AUGACCAGAUUCGACAGACAAGACUUGUCGGACAGUUCUGAAAAAACAGAGACUUUCUAUAGCUCGAGCGUUUCGGAUGAUUCGUCCGUCACCAUGGUUCUCGAUUCGAACGAUACACUUAGGUUCAGCGGGAAUUGGAUAAAAGACUCGUCCGAUCGCACACUCCUCUUUCGCGGCAUAAAUUUGUCGGGUGCCUCUAAAAACCCUGCUUCCCCGCCAAUACCCUCUCACCAGCCUGAGGGUUUCUUCGAUCACCGCAACGUCAACUUUGUUGGCAGACCUUUUCACCUGGACGAAGCUGACCAACAUUUUGUCCGUCUAAGACAAUGGGGCUUCAACUUUUUGAGGUUCAUUGUGACUUGGGAGGCACUUGAACACUCGGGACCCGGUAUUUAUGACCAUGAGUUCAUAGACUUUACCAUAAAAGUUCUGAUCAAGGCCAGAGAUUAUGGCUUCAGAUGUUUCAUCGAUCCACAUCAGGAUGUGUGGUCAAGGUUUUCCGGGGGCUCCGGUGCACCAGGAUGGACAUUAGAUCUCGUAGGUUUCAACAUGAGAAAUUUCACUGCCACCGACGCUGCGAUUGUUCACAACACCUAUGAAAACCCAGAAAAAUUUCCAAAGAUGGAAUAUUUGCAAUCGCAUUUUUGCAAUGCAUACAAACUGUUGGCUGAGAAAAUCUGCGAGGCCCAACUUCAUGAUUCGACGGUGAUCGGAUUUGACACCAUGAAUGAACCGAGUUGGGGCUUCGUGGGUGCCAAGGACUUGAACAAAAUCCCCGAAUUUCAGGAAUACAGGCGAGGAAGGAUUCCCACACCGUUUCAGGCGAUGCUCUUGGGUGAGGGAAUACCAUGCACUUUGGAAGUGUGGGACAUUGUUUGGUAUGGUUUUGGCGUCGUUGGAAAGGAGAGGAUUGAUCCCAAUGGUAAAACGGCGUGGCUUAAAGACGACCCCGAAGGAUAUCCGUGGGAGAAAGGACCCGAAUUUCCGAAAGGGUGUAUAUGGGCUGGUCAUGGAAUUUGGGAUAAAAAGACAAAGGAAUUGCUGCGUCCAGACUACUUUGCCAUCAACCCCGAUACUGGAAGAGAACCCGAUUGGAAUGAAGAUUGCUUGAAACCGUUCGUUCAAAGAUAUGCCCGGACGAUUCGUUCAGUCUAUUCCAAUGCAAUCAUAUUCGUUCAACCACCCGUUUUAGAACAGCCGCCCAGGUUUGAUAAAUCGGAUGAGUUAAAUGAACGUCUCGUAUACUCGCCACACUGGUACGACGGGGUGACAUUGGUUCAGAAACGGUACAAUUGGUGGACCAUUGAUUAUCUGGGAAUCAAACGUGGGAAAUACCGGGGAUUUCUCCCAGCAAUUAAAGUUGGGGAUCGAGCCAUCAAGAGAAAUUUCGCUGACCAACUAGAAUUAAUUAAGAACGAGCGUGAAUUUCUGGGUGACGUUCCGUGUAUAAUCGGUGAAAUAGGUAUUCCAUACGAUAUGCAAGAUAAGAAGGCAUACAAGGACGGUGACUAUUCCCAGCAAAUAAAGGCCAUGGAGGCGAGUAUACAAGCGCUCGAGGCUAACCUGUUAAGUUUCACCCUGUGGAAUUAUUGUCCCGAUAAUAAUCAUGAAUGGGGAGAUCAAUGGAACGGAGAGGAUCUUAGCAUCUACUCAUUAUCAAUCCACGGCGAAAAAAUACAUUCGAUGAUGUCAUCCGGAUCGGAUCAAGGGUCUGAUGUGGGAGGCAGAGCUCUGGAGUCUUUACUCCGACCUUUUCCGAUUAAGACCAAUGGACAACCAUUGUCCCUGAAGUUUAACCCAUAUAAAAAGCAUUUCGAAUACGUGUUCAAGAAUCCAGUGAAUCCGUCGGCGGACUCGCCAACAGAAAUAUAUCUACCAAGACAUCACUUUAGCGAGUCAGAAGAUUUCAGUAUAUAUCACAGCAGUGGGAAAUGGAAGUGGGACAAGGCGUCACAAUUGCUAUUGUAUUGGCAUGAUGUUGGUGAUCCGGAGGAUAACGAAGAAGAAAAUCAUUUGGUUCACAGAAUUAUUGUAGAAAGUAACAGGAGAAAUUACGAGGAAAGCGGUUGGAAUGAUUGCUGUUAG